CGAAUCUUACUCAGAGGGGAGGGAGCUGAUCAGCUGGGCCAGCCUCUAUAUAAAGUGACGAGUUGAUUCUUCAGCUGUUAGUGUUGUUCUUGCUACUGAACAUCAUCAGCUUCAUUAUCUGCUGUUUACUGAAGACCAAGUUUUCCUGAGACGCUUCUGCUUUGAAUCAAGAGACAUGGAUUUAAUCAUCACUAUGCUGAACGGGAAGACUGUAGACACACUGAGGGUGGACCCCCAGGACACGGUGGGCAGCCUGAAACAGGUCCUCCAACAGAAAAUGGGUGUGCCCGUUGAGAGGCAGAGGCUGGUGUUCGACAACGGCCAGCUGAUUGACCUGAGCGACGACUUGCGGACCGUGGGCUCCUACGGGCUGCAUGCCGGCUCCAGGCUGUCUCUGCUGGUGAUCGAGCCGAGCCCGCCGAGCCGGCCGGCCACCUUCCAGGUGUUCCUGAGGAAUGAGAAGAACGAGGAGACCCCCUACGACAUCACAAGCGACGAGACCGUGAGCGACUUCAAGCACAGGGUCCAGUGCAGGGAGGGAGUGGCGGUGACUCAGCAGAGGCUGGUGUUCCAGGGCAGGGAGAUGACCGCCGGCAAACUGUCCGACUACAACGUGCAGGCCCAGAGCACCAUCGAACUGUUAAUGCGUCUGAGAGGAGGAAACUGAUCAUCAUCUGAUCAUCACAGAGCCUUAAACACAGUGCUCACUAUUUGUUUUAUAUUUUAACAACACAUUCCAACAUAAAUAUAUGUUUCUUUUACAUGAGCAUCCAUACAAUCUUUUUGGGGGGAAAUUGAGGAAAAUGUUAAACCAGAAGCCUAAAUAGAUACAAGCUCUCCAGCGAGUUUGUUACAAAUAUGUUCGGAACUUUUUCUGUAAUCCUGCUGUGAUUUUUAUGUCUUGGCUUAAUAAAGUGAGUUUCAAUGUGAA